GGCCCCCCCCCCUUUUUUUUUAUUCUUUCUUUUCGCCUUUGCAAUUGCUUUAAAUUAUCUCCAUUUUUUUCUUCUGAUCUCCUUUCCUUUAAACCAAAGUCAUGAUCGCUGAGCAUCUUCCAUUCGAGGUAGCCCAUUGCUCCUCAUGGGAUAACGAACAUGCUCCUGAUCAUCUGGUAAACUCCAGCAUUGAUAAUCGCACUGUCCUGCACGAACAAACUAUUGCCGAAUACAACGAUGUUACAGGCACUUCCGCUAGCCCUACUAUGAAAGGCUGGCAAACGCCCAAAUGUCCUAAUUAUCCGCAAGACCUUAUUCUUCACUUACUCAACGGUCCUGCACGUAUAAACAAAAUCCACAUCCUUUCACACCACUACAAAAUAGCGUCCAAAGUGGAUGUGUACGUAGGAUGCCUGAAGUACGACGAUCUUAAUAGCGAAAUCAACAGCAACGAAGACGGCGACGACAACAUGCUUAUCGAGUUCACGAGACUAGGUUAUGUUUGCUUUGACAAUAAUGUUCGAGCAAAAUUUCGGGCUCGAGAACUGAAAUCCAUAAAAGUCAACGCCGACGGAGAGUAUAUACGCCUUGUCAUACGAAGUUGUUACCGAAAUCGUUUAAACACUUAUAAUCAGGUCGGGCUGCUUGCCAUCACUGUCUUUGGUCAAUCUCACCAAGAAAUGAUCCAUGGCACUGCAAAAGACAUAUUGCAGAAUCUCAAAUAUCCUCAACAUCUUCUAGACGGUGUCAGCAUGCUUAGUUCUUCAACACGUAGGACAAGUAUAUCAAGUAGUCCUAGUGUAAUGUUGAGUCCAGCAGCUACGGGGAUCAUUGAGACAGAGCUCCAACAAUGGUUAUCAGCCCUGUUGCAUGCCGAGGAUAAGGCUGUGGAAGCGGAAGCAUACCAAGAGGCAAAAGUGUAUAAAUACCUAAGUGAGAAGUUCGGGCAGUAUAUCAGUGUACUCAAGGAUCUGGAAAUGGGGAAGCGUCAAGCUGCAGAAAACAAAGAUUACGAUGAAGCAGAAAAAAUCAAAGCCGACAUUGAAAAAAUAAAGCAAUCUGCAGAAAACAUGCUGAAGCGAUCUGGCAUACGUAUGACUAGCCAUGGUGAUUUGGUGGCAAGUACCACUCCCGGUCUCUACGAAGAACAGCCUGCAGAACACCAAACAGUAAACGAUCCCGCUUUACCAGUACCAUUCGAUGAACGUCAACCAGUUUACAAACCGUCUUCCCCGCAUGAUUCAUUCCCUAUUAACCAUCCGCAUCCUAUGGGCGAUUAUUCAUAUCCUGAAGCAACAGACGAAAAUUUCUUGGCAGCCGACAAGCUAGAUUUUCAGGUCGCUCCGGGCGCUGAUCAACUGACAGAGACCAAAGAAUACCCAGAUGUGUCCCCUGCAGUAACUGUUAGCACGGAUCUCGCUGCUAUGCUGAUGCCACCGUACUUGACUUCUUAUCAAGCGGAUAUAAAACCAGUGUAUGACGACGGAAUCGCCUUGCAGGAAGACGAACAUAGCGAGUAUAUAUCAGCCACUCAUCAAGUGUCGAAUGUUGAUGCCUUGGCUUCAAGUGAAAACGCGCAGCUAGCAGGUCUUAGCUGCCCUGAAGCUGACAACGACGAACCUGAAAUGAUCCUGGAUGAGGAGCGUGAAAUCUAUUCCAGCUCAAUUAUGGUGUUCGGCGAAAAUUGCGUCGCUUGUAUUCUAAGUGUCAAGGCAAAGUACAGAGAACGGGGACUUGACCAUAUCGAAAAUUGCAUUCAAGCUGCCAAUCAUUUAGCGAUGGAAAACAAGAUGGAACAAAUCGAUGAUAUAAUGGAUCGAGUCAGCAAUGAAGACAUUACAAUGAUAGAUGGAGAUUCCUGGACAUCGGAUAAAAGUGCUAGAAAAUGCAGUGUUUUUGUAAAUGGUUCUCUCCUGAUGAUCCAAGAAGUUAUUAUGGAUUCCAGAGAAACUAUCGUUAAUAUGGCUAUUGCUAUCUGGCGUCAGCUUAACCGGUUUUGCAUGGCAGCAUCUAUCGAUGUUGGAUCUAUUAUGCCUAUGGUCGAACGUGCUUUUGCCGGACUCUUGAAACGAACGACUGACACAAAUCCUCGUAUUCGAAAAGCUGCCACGGACCUUGUGAUUACUCUGGCGCGUACUUACUGUUACCCACCCAAUUCUGUUAUACCACUGUUCAUCGGAACGCCUGAGCGACUGAUACACAAUCACAAGGAUGCCAAAGCACGCAUAGAGCUCGUUGAAAUGGCAAUCAGCAAGCUAGGAAUACUGAUCACAAACACAGGCACAAGCACCGUUGCUAAAGUUGUGAUUCCGCUGCAGCUCAUUGUAGACUUUGCGACAGCUUAUGCUGCACAUUCGCAUAACGACGUGCAAGAGGGUGCCUUGAAAAUGUUGGAUAACGUUGUGCAACAAACUGGAUCGGCGGAGGUUUAUCAAUGCAUUGAUCAAUCCGCGAGGGAUGGACUUCUCAAGUUGGUCCAACCAUUGGUUGAUUCGCAGGAAGACACAUUCACAUCGCUUUACCGUUGCUUAACACUGGAGGAUGAAAGCAAUAAUACCCAAGCACAACCAAAUGCUGCCCUCACGAUGGCUGAAAUUCGAGCCAUUGCUGCCAAAUCCAACGUCAAUCCUAAUAGAAAAGCGACGAAAUUGUCGGCUGCAACCGCGGCCAAAAAAACAGCAGAUAGUUCCCAGAAGAAGACGAAAUCAUCUGAUAAACCUGCUCGCUCUUCCAAACCAGCAGCAUCAAAGACCUCAACAGCCACAGGGACGAAGAGAGUGAGUGAAAAUAAUUGAAAGAGAAGCAGAUCAUCAAUCUCACAAUUGAAUAGACUGGAUCGAGCCGUCCUGUGUCUGCCCGAGGUACUAUUUCUAGUGCCGGCGCAGCAGCGCCUAAAGCUGUUGCUAUCAAACCGACCGCAGAAGAUAAGAAGGAACCUACUAUUUCUACCGACAAGUAUGCUUCUUUUUUUUUCGCCGUUGUCCUCCAGGAUGGACAA